AAAUCAUAAAAAUCUGCGUAAGAUGUAUGAAAAGGCCUCUCCUUUACAAUAAAAAGUGUUUAAAUAAGCCAAAGUAUGAAUCAGGGCUUGAUUCAAACAUUAUUGAUUUGUCCAUUUAUGAUCGUAUAUAGAUUCAUAAUGGUUUUCAAGCGAUGUUUUUAAAUUAAAUACAAAACGGUGGCGUUAAAAGUGUUGUGUAUUAUUUCCUAAAUUAAGAUAAUUAUUACGCAUGUUUUGUUAAGUGAACAAUAGCCUUGUGGGAGAUCUUCAAUUAAGUUAAUGCAAGAUGCUUACAAUUUUUAUUUUUUACUCCAGUUAAUGUGUAGAAUACAGAUAUAAAAAGGAGAAAGGGAGUUUUUUGAUGAAAAAAUAUUUAUUGUGAAUAUUGAAAUAUAUUUUUCUAUUGUAAUAAGUUAGUAGCCAGAAGGCAUAGAUUAUUAGUGAAAUAGUAAAUGUAGAUCUAUUCACUAAGCUGAUGGGAGUGGAAUAAAAACAUCAGAUGUGCUUUAAGAAAUCAAUUUCCAAUGUUUUGUAUGGAUUAAGUGUUGCUACUUAAAGCAUUUAUAAAGUGGUGUCAUAAAAAGUGUUAUGUCUAAAUUUGAACAAAGACGCCAACAGGUUUUGACACCAGCGUUAGAAGGUAGUAAACCUAUUCGGCCCAGCAAUUCUCUCGUUCCUUACGGAUAUAGACCAUUUUCACAAGGAGACAGAGGGCCUGAUCGUCCUUUUACUCAAGAAGGGCGGGAGCCUCGUGGAUUCCGUGGCCGUCCGUUCACACCUGGUGGGAGAAACAUUAUGGGAUCGUAUCCAAGAGGAUUUCAUCCUGGAGUAUUUAAUGGAUAUCCGUAUAUGAAUGUAAUGCCAGCUGAGCGAGUUUCCGUGCCAACGUUACUACAACGACCAAGAAUGCCAUAUUUGGGACCUCCUUCUCUUAUGCCACAGUGGGGUGGUUAUUCCAUUGGUCCACAGUAUUUUCCAGAAAGGAAAGUAAUACCCGUACCUGUGAGAAUGCCGAAAUACAUCCCUCCGCCACAACCGCCAAUUUACAAUCCGCAGCCUCCGCCACAUCCUCCCACCAUACCUAUACCAAUUAUUGUCAGGAAAAAAAUACCCCAGCCUAUCCAGAUUAAACGAGUGCCAAUUAUUUUGCCAAAGAAAACGGUAAGGAAAAAAUCCAGUAGAACUUUCCCAGGGUCUGAACCCCUGGGAAGGUUCCGUUAUACAGCUCUUGCUGUUGUUUUUAUUGCACGCCUUAGAGCUAAUGUAAAGCAGAAUUUAUCCAACAGACCGAGCAGUACAUUCCUGUUUGGAAUCAUUUUGAAAGAAAUAGUUGCAGCUUUACAUAGAAUUUACCUUAAUCCAAAUGGCAAUAUAUACCCAGUGUUAAAUGACAUUAUUGGACCAAAUUGUUAUGAUUUAGCAUCAUUAGUACAUGGAGGUCAAAUUGAUGGGAGAGAAGAAAGUGUCCUCGUUCAAGAGCUGCAAUAUGUUAUAGAAAAUAUCAUAUAUCACAUCACUGAAAUCAUGCCUAGUACAGGUGUGUUAGGAACUCAUAGGAAGUCUGCAGUGUUUGAGUUAAUCAAGAGUGGGAAACGCUUUCCUAAUGGCUAUUUUUGGCAAGUAGAAAUGGAUAGACUACAAUUCACAGAACAAGGAAGAACUCACAAUGUGACAGACUCAGAAAGUUUUAUGUUGCUGCUUGGUAUAUUUAUAUCCAGAAGUCUUGUUACUACUAUUUUAAUGAAACCUUUGGACUAUGGUUUGUGUUCAGAACCAUUGUCAGAAGUAGCGGAAAGAAAUCUACGUAUUGUUGCAUCAGCAAUUCUAUUUUUAGUGCGAAGAAUAUCGAUACAGAGGGGCCGUGGGAUUAUGGAAAUGCCAUCGGAGAUCGGGAAGUACUUGUAUAGUGAUGAUGAAAUGCAGCAUGUGUACAGUAGACUAUCUAGAACAUUCAAUUAUUGUGAGGGUUUACUGAGGGAGUGGGGCACAGAGUACAUACGACGUUUGAGGGCCAGUUACAUGCAGAAACAGUAGAAUGGGGGAGUCGGGCACAGAGUACGUUUGGAAGCUAUAGAUUAUAGUAAUAUGCAGAAAAACAAUGGAAAAAUCCUACUGACAUUCAAUGUAUUUUUUAAGGAAAUGUGAUGUUUAAGUAUGAUAAUGUCAGUUAUCAAAUUAAUAGCAAGUUAUCUACAUUGUACAUACUGGAGCUAUAAUGAAACUGUGAUAUUUGAUUCAAAUGUGAUAUAUAUAUAUAUAUAUUAUGAUACCCAUAAAAAGGAAGCAGGCUGACAUAGAAACAACAGAAAAUUAAACUUUUAUUAAUUGAAUUAAGAUUGGUAUUGUUUUGAUGCAAUGAGUAUGAUCACUUUGAUCUGAGUUGAAAAGCAAGUUAUAAAUUGUAUACUUAAAAUUUAACUCUGUAUGUUGGAAUUGUCAAGUAAUAUUAUAAAAUAUAUGAAGACCAUAGUAACCAUUUUUAUUGAAAAACAAGUUGUUUUCUUUUGCAGAACAGUCAAUAUUGGUGCCUUAACAUGGCACUAUUGUGAAUUUAUAAUGUUCAACAUGUCUAUUUGAAUCAAGAACAAUAGAAAAUUGAUGCUUAGUGUGAAAUUUAUCAUAAAACUGUAAGAUAGGAAAAUACUAUGAUCCUCAUUGAUGAAAUGAUUAUAUGUACUGAAAUACAGACUGUACUGUUGAAUAUUUUAACUCAUAUACUGUGAAAUUUUGUGAUACCUAUUUGGAAACAAGUUAUAUGCAGUAAGAACAUGAUUGUUUAACACUACAUGUACAUGUACUAUUAUUAUUUGUAUGAUGAACUAUGAGUUUUCAAUUUUUUUUUUGCUUUAUUUUGAUCUGUGAUAAAAUUCUCAGGUCUUUUUGCAAGCAAUCUACCACAUGUGUUGGAAUAAAAGCUUAAAUGUGUUACUUGAUUUAGCUUGCAUGCUGCACAAACAUUGGUGUGAUGUAUACAAAUAUGAUUUAAAUACCUAUUUUUACUCAUUUUCUUUCCUGUGAGAUAAUGUAAAUACAAACGUAAAAAUAUUUGUUUGAAACAACUGGAUGUACAUCAAUUCCGCUUUAAUUACAUUAAAAUUAGGCUUUUUCGUCUUUUAACUGACAUGUUUGCUUAUAUUGGCAAGGGCACAUAACUCUGUCAUAAAUUUUGACAAAAUUAUGCCCCUUUAGUUAAGUUUUUCAUAAUACCCCCCUUUUAAGGUAUUGUUUUGUUACUUGGAAUGGUUGUUAAUGACCAUCAUCUUUAUUUAUAGUCAAGUGGACAUAACUCUGUCAUUAAUAUUAACAUUGUUGUGGCUAUAUACUUUCACUCACAUGUUCGGUUAAAUUUUUCAUAUCACUUCCAUGCAAGAGGACAUAACUCUGUCAGAAUUGUGCCUCUUUUUCGACUUUCGGAUAUGUUUUUUUGUACCAUUCAACAUUUGUCGUAUAGUCGGGGUUAUUGCUUUAAAGCUUUGAUUUUUUUGAGUGAUUAUAAAUCCCAUAUGCAGAAAACUUAACACAAGUGAUUUGAGUCAUUCUGCCAAGAUAUCAAUUUAACAACUUUCCAUGUUAUUAUCAACCUAUUACUGAGAAGUGAAUUUUGUGCAUAUUUUUUAUACUAUUUUAGCUAUUUGCUGUGGAUAGCAGUCUUGAUUAAAAAGCUCAAUUUGUACACUUGUAAAUCGUUUUUACUCAAAAGUGGAGUUUUUAAAUUUUUAUUUACUUUCAACACAAAUCUGGAGUCACGCAUUUUUAAUAUUUACAACAUAUAUGAUAGUUAUGAGUGCAGAAGUUUGGUUUUCAUAUACCACCAGGGAUUUAUCAAUUUCUGAAUUUUGAGGAAAAUUGAAUAUGUGCAUACAUUAUAUCAUGUAUUUAUUAUUUAUUUAUACCUUUACCCUUGUAAUGUGAUGUCAUUUUAUAAUUUAGUGAUAUUCUCCUGAAUGUAUGAAUAAAAUGUAUGUUAAGUUGUCAA